AUGAAAAGAACAUUUUUUAUUAAAACACAUUUUUGUAUUCUGUUUUUCUGUCUUAAUACUAUUUCAAUUUUAUCAUCGUUUGGAAUUAAGCAAAGCAUAGAAGUAACUGGACGUUUUUUGUGUAAAGGAAAUCCAUUGAAAGAUUUACCAAUUCAAUUGAUGGAAGAAGAUGUAUUUUCGGAUGAUGUAUUAGCAAGAGGUAAAACAGAUAAGAAUGGUUUUUUUUCAAUGUAUGGAUCUGACUUUGAACUAUCUUUUAUAGAUCCUUUUAUAGCUUUUAAAUUGGAAUGUCCAAAAGGUGGAUAUCUUUUUAAUAAUAAAACUAUAAACUUUCAUGUUCCUAAAAGAGCUUUCAAAUACUUCCGUGGUCAUUACGAAUUCUUCUAUGACUUUGGGGUAUAUGAAGCCAAUAAUAUAACAAGUAUAUAG